AUGGCUUACUUGGCUGACAGCGUUCGCCUGGAGCCCGGACAGCCGCUCGGGUGCACAAUCUGCGCUCCGUCUCGCCUUCGUAUUGCGAGACCGAGGAUAACUCCGCUGGUGUUUGGUGACUCUACAAAUACUCCGACUCGAGUACUCCUGCUUGCGAUACUUAAGCCCGCUACUUGUGGCCGAACCCCUUCCCCCGUCAUUCUACGCCGUUCCAGCUACCCAUCCUCCAGCCCUAUCGGAUCCUUCAUGUCCGCGCCAUACCUCUACCGCUUCAAUCCGAUCCUCCAGCGCUCUGCUGAUGACAAUGUCCUGGUCACGUACAGUCCUGAGGGUUGCGAGUACAGUGACUACAGCAAUACCUCGUACACAGCAUUGUCAGCGAUUGAGAAUCCGGAUAAUCGUGUGUUGUCGCUGGCUGAGCUUCCGCUUCACAAUGCCUCGCUGCCGACCAUGACCUUUCUUGACAUCCUCAAUGAAGCUCUCUCUCUCGCACAGCUCAAUCAGAACUUGAGGAGCGCUACGUCAGCCUGGGCCGCCAGCAUUGACUGCCUGGAUGAGUUACUUUCGAAGCAGGAACAUUUGAUGGAUGAUGAUCUUUUACUCCAAGGGCAUUUGACCGCCGCUCGGUCCGAAACAGGCCAUGUCCUCAAAGAGCAGAUGCAGGGGAUACUGGGGGCUGUCAAGGAGGCAAAUAACCUCCGCAAGGAGAGAGAGCUGAAGGGUCCGAGGUACCGCGAGCUGCACCAGAGCAUGCCUGCUGUGGUCGCUGACCUCGAGGCGGUCGGGAACCUCAAAAGCGGUCGAUACUUGAGCCACGCCACGCAGCGGAUGGCCGACGUGGUCAAGCUACUGCGAUCGACCAUGAGUGAGGACCAGCUCGUGCAUGACGGCCUCAAAGAUGUUUGCACCGCAAUCAGCGAUCUUGCGGUCAGUCUGGUCGCGCGCACGAGGGGAACAGAGGCAGAGGAAGUCAAGCCUGGUAAAUCGAGCAAUGCGACCGACAUGUCCCGAACAGUGCUGGGCGAAUCUACAAGCCUGACGGAUGCCAAGGACCUCCUGAAGGCGAUAUUGGGGCGGAAUGGGACAGGCGAAGCCGCUCCAGGCGAUCGAUCUACCGCGACGGGCUCGGGUGGCAACGAUGUCCGAGAGUACGUGAGCAAGCAAGCUCCAGAAGUUGCCACCUCCUUGGGAUGUCUGGGUGAGACGGAUCCGGGUUUCGUCAAGGAUGAGGACGGUGAAGCGGAGACGAUACUUCCCGAUGACGGUGAUGUUGCGAGUGGAGCGGUGAAGAGAGCCCAGGAGCUGGUCACGAUGAUGCAGGAGUUUGGUGACGAUUGGCGUGCCCGCCCAUCAUGUCAUGCCCGCUCAGUGAGUGAUGUGGGGAACGCGGCGCCAUCGGCUGAGGCUGGCUACAUCGGCGGCCUGAGUGACAUGAGCGAGCAUAAGACUCCAGUGGCUCUCUGGCCGGACGAAGACGAAAGCUGGCGAGAGCAGCGCGGACGAUAUUUCGGCUCUGGUGAAGGCUUCAAGGCGUUCAGAGUGUCUCGUUCCGUUGUCCCCUUAUACGAUCGAAGGAGCAGUGAGACUACCAUCUGCUUUCUGCUGUGCGAGGUCUAG